GGGCCCUAUAUGAGUGAAUGGGCUGCUAGGUCAGCCCCUUUGCUACAAGGAUGUGUUUUGGAGAAGGGCUGGGAAAGGUGGUGAAUUUACAUUUGCUCUGCCUGAGGGUUUAUUUUGGGGAGAGGCAAGGAGUUUUUGGUUUUGUUUGGGUUUUUUUUUUUUGUCUUAUUUAAUGUUGUGCCUCUGGUAAACCUUUGCCAUGAAGCCUUUACCCUCCCCAUUGACUCUGGCCCUGCUCCUGAUGCCUUGGGUGCUGGGGCCAGCUCCUGCCGGGCAGGGCCCUGGGGUGCUGCUGAGGCCCUGCUGUGAUGCUGCUGGUGCUGCUCCAGGGGCAAGGGGAUCCUCUCAAGAGUAUUGGAAGGUUAAAGCAGAGGCAGAAUCUCCUUGGUUAUUGGCCUAUGUGCCUAUAAGAAGCUGCCACAGGGUGCUGAAGGACAAAUAUGGGGAGUUUUCUCCUCCAGCAUUCCGUGCUGAUUUCCCUGUAAGCUUUUGGUGCAACUGGACAAUCUGGGCAGGCUCCAGGAAGCACAUCCUAAUUUAUAUCCAGGGAUUUAUGGCUAAGGAGGCUUGCAACAGAAAUGAGGAUAAAAUCCUGUUUGAAGGGGUCUCCUCCCUGGUGGAAAGCAGUGUUGUUUAUGCCUGCUGGAAAAAGGAGCUUCAUGUUUUUGCCACCUUUGCUCAGGCUGUCCACGUCAUGCUGCUCAAGAGGUACUUGCCAAACCAGAGGGAUGCACGAUUUAAAGGGAAGUACUACAUCUUCCAAGAGCAGCAAGGUGAAUCUUCCUCCAAAGAUGAUGCAGUUUCUGGAAUUUCUGCUUCAAAGCUGCCAAAGAAAGGUGGCGUUUUUCAGUCUGGCUGGGUUGGAAACCUUAGAGAUGCACCGGGCUUUGCAAACACACGUGGCAGCACCAGCACGAUGCAGGGAAGAGGGAUCCCUCUGGAUACCACAGCUGUGGGAAGCCCUACAGAGCUUAUCCUGUGUGAACCCUCAAGGACACAGGCUCUGGCAACAAAAGCUCCUUGUGGGCUGGGCUCUGAGCUGCUGAGGGCUCGGGAAGCUCAAGGCAUGGGAACACCUGAGGGAAUAAUCCCCACUGCAGCACAGGACAUCUGGGGGCACAGUCCCUCCGUGAGUGAGGACAGCGCUGGGAGCUUGGGUCCUGUGCACAGCGUGCUUUUGGAAACUCCUUUGCUUGGUGCCUUGCAGGGAGCAGGACCUUUUUGGCAGCCAGCAGAUGUGAGCCUGGAGAGCAGCCAGACUGUCCUGAACCCUACCCUGAGGCCAAAAGGUCUGGGCCAGCUGCAGUUGACCAUUAAACCAACAGGCACGGGUGGUCUGGACUGGGCCGUGCACUCUGAGCCUCUGUCCCCUGGCACAGGACAAAGCCAGGAAGGCACAGGUGCCACCAGGGACAGCCAGCUCAGCACAGCCAGCCUGGAUGAGGAUGGGAGCCGUGCCCAGCUGAGUGUCCCAGCUGAUGGCCUGGCCAAGGGCCUGAUGCCCAGCCUGAGGAGCCACAAUGUCGAGGUCACCAGGAGCCACUUGCAGCUGCUACCUGAGAGAAGCCAAAGCAGUUUGGGGCAUUUGUCCAUGCCCAGACCUGAGCCAGGCACAGCUGGCCUCCAGCAUACCAAGCUGGUGGAUAUUUUCCCUUUGGGAAGUUUUAGGGGAGCUGUCAGGAAGAGAGCAAGGCUGCAUCCCACUGCACCAGAGCUGGCUGUACCUGCUUUGGCAACAGGGCUGGAGCAUCCUCUCACACCUGUGCCUGCCCUGGGAACAGAAACCAUCCCUGUGCUGGUGACCUCCUCCACAGCACCUGUCCCUGCAGACUUUGGCUCUCUGGAUUUAAUCCCUGAAGAACCUCUUCCUCCACAAGUGGAGCCUGUGUCCAUGGUGGCCUCUCUACCAGCUGCUCUGGAGAGGGACCCUGUCAGUCUCAGGCAAAAGGACAUGUCCCCAGCCAGGCCAGGAGGACGGGAGAUGGGCUCUCCUUCACCACCUUGCCAUCCCUCAGUAGCCUCUGAACUGGGCACAGAAGGAUCCUCCAGAUGCCUUGGCCCUAGGAAGCAGAAGUUGGUGCUGGGACAGGCAGGUGGCCAGGGAGGCAAACCCACAGCCUCUGUGGGUUUGAUGGCCAGGAGUGCCUCCUCAGUCUUUGGCACUGUCCCAGAGCCUGGUGUGAGGCUUACUCAGCCUGAGGGCCGUGUCAGUGGUGGCUCUGGGGUGACACCAGCUUCCCUGUCUGACACCACAGAGGAGCACAAGGUGCCUGUGCAGCACCAGGACAGCGCCGCUGGUGACAAACCAGCUUCUGGCUCCAACCUCAGGGGAUUUAAGGGGCAGGGAACCACAGAAGCUGUGCGGGUGGGUGCAGGACAGAGGAUAAGUGCCUCCUUCAGCACCACUCCUGCACACCCUGAUCGGCCUGCAGCUCCGUGGGGAGAAACACCGACGAGAGACCAAAAGCCUUGGGAGCCCUCUGGUGCACCCAGGAACACCCAGAUGGCAGAAGGACAGCAAGGGAAACAUGCUGAGCUGGGCCCUCCCUGGGUAACCGAGUACUUUCCCAUCAGGAGCUGCCACCUCAUCUUCAGGGGUGGCUCUGGCGUGUUUUACCUCCCGCUGCAUGCUGACAUCAAGCCCAACAUCUGGUGCAACUGGACCAUCUGGGCAGGCCCCCAGAAGCACAUUGUCAUCUAUGUCCAAGGGUUCCAGGGCAGCGAUGGCUGUGCCAACAACCAGGACAAGAUCAUCUUCCAGGGGGUCUCGUCGAGCGUGGAAACCAAAGUGGCGUUCGCCUGCCACAACCGAGGCACUCUGAUCUUCGCUGCACGAGCCACUGAGGUGCAGGUGUUGUUUCUGUCAGGGAGGGGUUCCAGAAGCCACGAAUACAGGAAUUUUAAAGGACAGUAUCAUGUAUUCAGAGACCCUGAAUCUGUGGGCUCUUUGAGUGAUACCAUAGCAGCUCUUCCUCAGGAGACCUCAAAAAAGGAGAGCUGGAGGACAGUGGUGACCAAAGGUUUCUUGUCCGUGCUGACAGCUCCUCCAGGCCCACCAGCUGCCUCUGCUGGGGGCAGGCUCCAGCCUGACAUUGUGAUCCCAGAAGAAGUGGCCCAACAUCCUCCUGACCUCAUGGAAGACGGUCAGUCUGCUGCUAAUGUGAGCGAGCGUGGUCAGGAUGAAACCAGGCCGGACAGGAACCUUAAAGACAGUGGCAGCACGGGCAGAGAAACCGAAGAUGACGUGUUGGUGGAGCCAGCCCCAGCUGGGCAAGACCCUGGGGGUAAAGCUGAGCCACCUGCCUUGGAGAUGACCAAGGGGGACACCGAGGCAAGGACUGCUCUUGUCACCAUGGUGCCAUGUCACCCAGCUGGUUCCCCUUGCUCAGAGACGGCCAGCAGCAGUGCAGGUGUCUCUGACACAUCGCCCACCCUGGGUCAGGCCAGUGACAGCCCCUCAGAAGUGGCAGCUGCUGCACAUCACACACAGACACCAGUGCUGGCAGAGCCACCACCAAACACCAGCACAAAAGCACCUCUCCACCCCUCUCCCGGUGUGACUGCUGCUGAUGUGGAUUCCCUGGGAGGAAGGAAUGAAGACCUCUUUGGUCUGAUGUCAUCUGUGGAGAAUGACACGGGACUGCAAUCCCAGCACCAUCCUGGAGAUCUGCUGUUUGAAGUCACUGCUGAAAUCAAACCCAAGGACUGGAUUCCUCACGGUGGAAGUGAGUCCCUAAAGAGUCUCCUUGAAUCUCUGAAGAAUCACGUCCAGAAGAACCUGAACCUUUCUGCCAAUAGAGUCAGUGAAAUAAAAUUAAAGGAUGUCAAAAGGACGAGUGAUGCCAACCUGCUGCUCACCUUCUGGCUGCACCUGGAGCCCGAGGAGAGGAACGUGUCUCUGCUCCUGCGCUCCCAGCUGCAGGAGCUGCACGGCGCCUCGGUGGGCGCGGAGCAACUGCAGCUUAUUUCACUCUUCGUUGAAGACGUGAACGAGUGCCAGGCUGGCGUUGGCCUCUGUGGGGAGGAGGCAGACUGCUUCAACGGCGUGGGCACCUACCUGUGCCGCUGCAAGAGGGGCUACGAGGACCGCUCUGCCACCAGGUCCGGCACGCUCUGCAUCCGCGCUCCCCGGGCAGGGAUCAGCACCUUCCUCCGCCACGCUGACAUGCUGGUGGGGGCAGCCCUCGUGGCCGGCCUGGUGAUGCUGGUGGCCUUCGGUGCCCUCUGUGUCACGGCCGUGUGUGGACGGAGCGCAGGGCCCGAGGAGCCGGCGGUGAGGGCCGAGGAGGAGCCGGCCAUGGAGCUGCACCGCCUGGAGGAGUGCCUGCAACUCGACCCCUUCCAGCUGAAACUGCGGGCCAGGACCCCCGAGUGGCUCUGGAGUGUCCGUGCCCACCCCGGCCGGGCGGGAUCGGCAUUCCCAGAGCGGCCUCCCCGGCUCUGAGGGGUGCCAGGCUCUGGAGUGUCCGUGCCCACCCCGGCCGGGCGGGAUCGGCAUUCCCAGAGCGGCCUCCCCGGCUCUGAGGGGUGCCAGGCUCUGGAGUGUCCGCGCCCACCCCGGCCGGGCGGGAUCGGCAUUCCCAGAGCGGCCUCCCCGGCUCUGAGGGGUGCCAGGCUCUGGAGUGUCCGUGCCCACCCCGGCCGGGCGGGAUCGGCAUUCCCAGAGCGGCCUCCCCGGCUCUGAGGGGUGCCAGGCUCUGGAGUGUCCGUGCCCACCCCGGCCGGGCGGGAUCGGCAUUCCCAGAGCGGCCUCCCCGGCUCUGAGGGGUGCCAGGCUCUGGAGUGUCCGUGCCCACCCCGGCCGGGCGGGAUCGGCAUUCCCAGAGCGGCCUCCCCGGCUCUGAGGGGUGCCAGGCUCUGGAGUGUCCGUGCCCACCCCGGCCGGGCGGGAUCGGCAUUCCCAGAGCGGCCUCCCCGGCUCUGAGGGGUGCCAGGCUCUGGAGUGUCCGUGCCCACCCCGGCCGGGCGGGAUCGGCAUUCCCAGAGCGGCCUCCCCGGCUCUGAGGGGCCCUCAGGCUUCAGUGACCUGUGCUCCCAUAUUUUCCAGGGUUUCCGACACAGCCGCUGGCUGUGCCAACCCUUCCCCUGUGUUUUAUGGACCACAACACUGUUCCUCAUGUUGCAAUUUAAUUUUUUUAAUGUUUGAUCAGCUUGGGAAACAAAAAAUGUUUGCUCCGCGCCACUGUAAAUCUGCUGAUUUACCCUGCUCGAGAUCUGAACAGGAAAAUUACCACCACCCCCUCCCCCCCCCCCUUUUUUUUUUUUUCUUUUUAAAAGAAAGAAAGGAAAUAAGAUGUUUUGGUGCCUUUAAUAUGAAAUUAAAAAUUAUUCUGCAU